AUGAGUGCUAAUAUCAAGCGUAAUGGCGUGUCUGAUUAUUACAGUGAGAGAAGUGCCAAAAAGGUGAGAUACGAGGAAUCAUCAGAGGAAAGCGAUGACUUCGAUGAGGUUGAAGGUGAAGAUAAAGGUGAAGAAGAAGAAGAAGAAGAAGAAGAAGAAGAUGAUGAUGAAGAAGAAGAAGAAGAAGAUGAUGAUGAAGAAGAAAAUGAAAAUGAAAAUGAUGGUCCAGCUCCAACAAACGCUACAUUGGAACAAGAUAUAUUAGCCAAUGCAAGAAGAAUAAACUCUAGAAUGAAAAAUGAUCGUGCUAAAGCUGCCCGUGAAGGUGGUUUAGAAAACGCCAGAGAACAUUUAUUAGAAAUUAAUGAUUUAUUCAAAAAAAGUAAAGGUAAAACAUCAAAUAAAACUAUUGAAGUUUAUGAUACUAGAAAUUUAGUUAGUGGUGGUGAUCUAUUAGAUAUUGCUAUUAGAAAUAUUAAAUUAGGUGCAAGUGGUGGUGUUCUAGCUCCUGAAGAUUUCACAAAGAGGCUAAAGACUUUCUUAUUAAGACAAAGUUUACAAACAGAUGCAGAUGCUGAAGACGAUCCAGAAGAAUAUUUCUCAAAACAGCAUGAAUUUAAAAAAUUCAAUUGGUUUCAAUUAGGUACUUUCUUAUACUCAAGAGGUAAUAAAGCUGUUACAACAAAUCAUUUAUUAGGUCCAUUAGAGAUUGAAAAGAAAAUAAGGAAGGUGAAGUCAAGAACUGUUGAUAAACCAGUUGGUGAUCAAGUAACAGCUGAAAAGGUUACAGGUGAAGAUAUAAAUGGUCAAUCUCAAAAUCAAACACCAAACCAAGUUCAAUCAUGUUAUGAAGUCUUUUAUGAAAAAUAUCAAGGUUCACCAAUUAAUAUUUUCAAAUUUUUCAUUAAUCCAAACUCUUUUUCACAAUCUAUAGAGAAUAUGUUCUUUACAAGUUUCCUUUUAAAAGAUGGGAGAUUAAUGUUAGGUGAAGAUGAAGAAGGUUAUCCAACAAUAGAUUUAUUACCUCCAAUGCCUGAAAAUGCUAGAGAAGCCGAAAACGAAACUUUAAGAAGACGUGAAAUGCCUUCAAAUCAUAUAAUUUUCCAAUUGGAAUAUGACAGCUGGAAAAAUCUUAUUGAGAAACUAGAUAUUAGAGAAUCUUAUAUACCCGAAAGGGAUUGA